UUGUCACCUUUGUGCUUAGGCUGUUUGUGUGACAUUUUGGCUUGAUGUUAUCUUUCCCCGCUUUCCCCGAACAGAGAUUGUUCCAAAUGUUGUCUGACUUUACUUCUUAAGGUAAACCUAACCUCAGCACGACCCCUGCAGCUGUUUAAUGUUCAGUCUUGUUCUUGAGGGUUUUUUUUUCUAUGCCCAGUAGCUCAUUUCCUUUUCUCCUUAAACUGCAGAAAUAGAAGUUAAUAAUUACUUCCUUAUGUCAUCUUAAUGCGCGAGUAGUUGCACAUAGUCACUCCUCUGAUGGUCAGCAGUGAGAUUAUGAGAGUUUUCUUCACAGGGGCUUACAGAGUUUUUUUUUUUUUUUUUCUUUUCGUCAGUGGUUGUAACCAAACCACAACGAGUUAACUGUUAAAUUGCAAAGCAAACAAGGAAAUGAACUUCCUACAAAAAAUAACGGGGCAAGUGUUGUGGCAGUAUUCUCUGUUACUUCUCUCCUUGGAAAUGAAACUCUGAAGUCACGGUUUCUUACAGAACAUCUGCUGGUUGGUGACCCUAAGCUAACUCACUCCAUUCUCUCGGGGUGCAACACAUGCUUCCUUCUGCCCCUGCUGCUGCGUAGGUCACCUUAUUAGGAAUGUAAACAGAGCACAUGGAGAAAUGGCUUAGUCAGUCCACAUUAGCAAAUUAGCUGAGUCAGUGUUAGAAUUAUCGGGGAGGAUCCUUUAUUUUCUCCCCUGUAAUAGUUGUUAUAGUUUAUAGUUGAGCCUCGUUGGGUCCACUUUAGUUUAAGUGACGUAAAAUUUGUCAUCAGUGAUUUUGAGAACUGCAGGUUUAGACUAUUAAACUUUGUUUUGUUUUUUUAAUGGGAAAUGUUACACUUAACUGACACUGGGACUGUUGUGGAGAACAGCAUCAAUAAGCUAAUAAGGAGAGAAAACUUCUACUGAGUAGAAUUAUUUCAGCUUAUUGGUGCUGCCCUCCACAACUGUGGCAUUUCUCGCGAGGUUCCAUUCCCGCUUUACAGGUUUUAGUAUGUAGAGCUUUAUAAACAUGGUACACGUGAUUCCAAUUAUGUUAAGGGAUGCUACAAAAAUCUUAAAAAAUCAGCUCUAAACAGGAUAGAUGGCCUCUUGUUGCAGGUUAAAAUAAAAAUAUUCUUUGCCUGUUGACUAUUUCACAAUCGUAAUCACGCCCCCCUCUUUGAUUCCUUUUAGGGAGUCUCACCCUUGAACUUCACGUUGAGAUUGAAAUGCACACUUUGUCUUUGCGGCAUUGAACUUUGACCUUUCAGUGAACUCUUUCAGUGAGCUGUUGGUCGUCCGUGAUUGGGAUCAGCCCUCUGUGGUUUGCACUACCUCCUCUUUCACACUUUUAAAAAAAAUUAUUAUAUAUCAUUCUAUCUUCAUUCUUCCUGUGACGUGUAUCUGACUCCCUCUGUAUGUGACUCAUCUCAUUGAGUUUGUAAACUCAGUUUGUCAGUUGGACAUUUUAAAUAAAAUGAGGCGUAGAAACACGACCCCAGGCUGUGUAGACUACCAAAUUGCGUCAGACUGAUGGCUGGGAAAAGCAAAACUUUAAACAUGGCCUUUUAAAUGCGUGAUGCAACAGGAAGGUUGUUGAAAUCAGUGUUUGUAAUAGAAAUUUGAGCGCUGGCUGAGGUAAGACCUGGGUUACAACUCUUCUGCUUUCACACACUGUUCUGGAAAACUGAGCACAAUCUGCACUGGGAUUUCCUUGCAGUUGAUUUACUUUAAAGAUAUGAGUUAAUACAGCGACACAUCAGCCACGAUGCACAACAUGAUCACUACAGUGUCUGCACCCCCGCCUCCACUUUGCUUCCAAGUGCUGACUGUGGAGGAUUUGCGACUGCCUCACCACACAAAUAAUCUCCUGCAGCCUCCACAUGCUGAGUGUUGGUUUCUUUCUACAACAGUCUCUGCACAUGCAUGCCACUUACUAAAACCUGCUUUAAAAAUGGAUGCAUUACAUGUUUCAGCAGUCUUAGUGCGGCAGAUACAGUAAACUAAUGUUGAAAGGAAAUCUUUCACAAGUGGAUGAAGGUUUUAAAAUUGGCAAAUACAGUAUUUGAUAAACCCUGUUAGCUAUUUGAAAAUCGCUUUUAACAAAAUAUAUAUUUUUUGAGGAAAAGCUAACUAGACAUGCCCCUUUUAAAAUUAUCCAUCCAUAUUUCUUUUGCCGCAUAUGUGGGAUCAGGUCAUGCAGGAAGCAGCUCAGGCAGACUUUCCUCGCCCGGCCACGUCUUCCAGCUCAUCCAGGGGGAUACAAAGUUGUUCCCAAGCCAGCUGAGAGAGAUAAUAUCUUCAGAGUCCUAGGUCUUUCCCAGGACCUGUUUCCAGUAGGAAAUACUUGAAAUACAUGCCUAGGAAUUGUCCAGGAGGCAUCCUAGUCAGAUGCCCAAACCACCUCAACUGGCUCCUUUUGACACAGACAGCCCUCCUCACCCUAUUUCUAAUGCGUGACUCAUGCUUCGAAGGCAAAUCUAUGAUGUAACUUACAAUAUAAUUGUGAAUUCAUUUGAACCUUAUGCUAUAACCUAUGAUGUGCACCUCCUGAGAAAUGCAACUACACAUCAGACUGAUGCAGCUCACAACGGUGUGAAUGGCGUGGAGGGUUGCGGUGUAGGGUCAAGAGUGACUUCUGGUUUCGUCAUAAAUCAGAUUUCCCAAAGAAGUCCAAAUCAAGUUUAACACAGUCCAGGACACUGAUUCUAAAGGAAACCCCUUUCUGUGGCUCACGCUUCACUCUCCCCUCACUCAUGAAAAAGACCCCGAUACUUAAACCCCUCCACCUGGGGUAGAAACGUUCCCCUAACCAGGAGAGGGCACGCCACCCUUUUCCAGCUGAGAACCAUCAUCUCGGACUUGGAGGUGCUGAAUCUCAUUCUCGACGUCUCAUACUUGACCACAAACUGCUCCGGUGCAAGCUGGAGGUCACCACCUGUUGAAGCAAACAGAAUGACAUCAUCCGCAAAAAGUAAAGAUGAAAUCCAGCCACUACCUCGCUACUUUUAUCUUGGUGUUAACUUCUACUUGACUGAUGAUUUAACUUGCGUUAUAACAUUUUAUAUGUAACGCGAGUGGAUGGACUCCUGUCAGGUUGCGCCAACACACAAAAGAGCUGAGCCAAAGAUAAACAGGCCUUAAUGUGGGUAAAUAACUGAAAUUCGCUGAAUCACACAUGACUCAGUUGGCACUGAAUUAAUAUUAAAUGCUCUAACCUUAGGUGUAUGCUUUAAAGUGCUAUCAAAGCAGUGGAAUGGUAAUUCCUUGAAGAGAACAGCACGGUGCAGCUAUGAACACUCCUUCAGUAUCCAGCCUCACAUACAACUCACUAUAAACUUUUUCCUUGUCUUUACCACCUCUCUUUCCUGUACACCUCGCUUCCCAGUACUCCUGUCUACUUUCUUAAACAUCCUGCCUAUCCCACUUAUUCUCUGUCAACCUCUUUCUUUGAACACGUUCUUGUACUCCCUCAUUCCACAGCCAAGUUUCUUUGUCCUCUUUGCUCUGUCCAGAGGACACACCGAACACCUUCUUGGCACUGCUGCUGAACUUUCCCCAGUCAUCUGAUAAGUCUUCCCUAGCACCCAGACCCCGUCUCAAGUCCUCCCAGGACUCUGUGCACUGUUCUUCCUUCUUCAGCUCACAACAAUUGAAAUCCUAAACUGUUUUUAUUCUCUGUAUUGGAUCCAUUAGAUUGCAUUACCGUACAUUAGCUCCCUCAACUGCUAAUUCUCAUACAUGAACAUAGAUCAUUUGUUGAAAUAGCUGAACCACUUAAACAGGAUUGAUGAAGAGUGUGCUUAGAUUGAAUUAUGUUACUAAUGCAUUUAAACUUCUCUCAUUUUCUGGCUAAAGCUAAAAUAUUAAAAUGUCUUAAACUCAGUUUUGCCGGGUCUCAAGCCGCACAUCUCUAGCCUCGGUCUACACAUUUGGAUCAUGCAGUGCAAAUUCAGUAUUAAGAGCGUGCUUUAUUGUCUGACUCAACCUUUCAGGCUUUUUCACAUGUUUAAAAAAGCAUUGACUGUAAAAUGGCUAACUUAACAGUUCUAGCUCAAGCUAAAAACUGGAAAUGCUUAUGAAACAAACUGCGUUGUGUGUUUAAGAUGGGUCACACUUUUGGUUUUCUUUUCGCCGUAAUGAAUAUAUUUGAGCAACGUGCAUAAACUCGAGCUCUUGGAAAGAGUCUAUUUUCACACUGCUCUUUGGUUCCAUGUCAAGUUUAAUUAGUUUCAUUUAAAGUAGAACCCAAAAAAGUAGAUUCUGUUCAUCUCUUUUCAGUCUGAGAAAACGUGUCCAGCUUUUUUAGGUUUUCCUUACCUGGAUGAUUGAGCGUGCAUCAAAAUCAUUUAAUGUACUGUUAAAAAGUCUUAAUGUGGCUGUAGACAUGUGGGGAAAACAGCUGUAUUUGUUAGUUUCUGUAAUUGAGACAGACUGUAAUUCACAGGUCAGAUUUUAGUCACUUUUGAGUCUUUCAUGUUUCUUUUCAGCCCGUUGCUUAACAUUACUUCUGUCAAUAUUAGCCUUCAAAAAAAAAAAAAGUGUAAGAGGUUUAGAUCAUAUGCACUUAAAGCACCCAGGUAAAUAUUUAGACUUUAUGUGGAAAACGUGGGGAUGAAUGUCAGCGUCGGGUUUUGUUCUUGACUGUUUAAACACGGCUUGUCCUUUCAGGCCACACUUGUCCUCAAAGCGAGAAUGCGAGUCUUGUUUGUUCGGCCUCGGCACAAUACGCAACCUGGUGAAGGUGGCAGGCUGGGCGAUAGGGCUCUGAUUAUGGCAUCACGAGGCUUUGAUAAGCAGGGGGAGAAGGAUAUCUCCUGCCUGCAGUUCUUUAAUAGAGGUGCUGAGUGAAGUGAGAGAUCCAGUUUUGUCAUGGUGGAGGGCGCUGACGCUUGUUGUCACCAAAAACCGUGCUUUUGAUAAAGCUCACGUCAUGAGCGAGCCAGAAGCUCCUGCUGCUUCAUCACUACACGGGUCUCCGCGCCCAGAAGAGGAGGAUGAUGGGGACCUGAAUAAAGCCUUGGGUGUCCAGCGCUUCCAGCAGAUCCUCACGCCUGCUGCUGCCGUGCCUGAUAAGGAGCACCACAUUUACCAUGACGAAGACAUUGAAUACCACCGACACUCCUCUCACCACAUCCACCGGCCUCUGUCCAAACUGCCCUCUGACGUACGCAGGAGGAAGGGCAGCAAGAAAAGGAAGAAGGAUAAAGAUCACAAAAGCAGCCAUCCUCCCUGCAGUGUCCCCAUAGAGGAAGGUGAAGAUGAGGAGGAAGAGGAAGAAGAGGGGACAGAGCUAAAUUCUGUUCUGUCAGAGCGAUCUGAGUCAGAGAGAACCAAAGAUGUGGAGUUCUUCGUUUCCGAAGAUGACCAUGUAUCCAAAAGUGUCAAAGAGAGCCCACACUCGGUCCGAAAGCUCGACAUCGUACCGCAGUCCGGUGUGGGAGGUGAACAUGAAGACGCAACUUCCACAGAUAAACUGCCUUCAUCUGAGCCCUCCAGCCCCACUGCCCAGUCAGUCCCAGCCGAGCACACGCCGCUGACCCGCGUCUCCUCCGCCAGCCGCAGUUACGACCUGACAGAGCGUCGACGCACGGGCAACAUGACGGGUGCCGAGCAGGCCAAGUACCAGCGCAUCCCCACUGAUGAGAGCGAAGCUCAGACGCUGGCCUCUGCUGACCUGGACGGCAUCAAGAGUCAUCGCUUUGAAGAUGUUCCUGGCAUGCGCCGACACCUGGUCCGGAAGAGCACCAAGAACCAAGUGGUGCACAUCGGCAAGGACCACAAGGAGCCGACCACUCGCAGUCGCAAGCAGGAUCGCACCCCCCAUGAGGUCUUUGUGGAGCUGAACGAGCUGACAAUGGACAAGAACCAGGAGCUGCAGUGGAAGGAGACGGCCCGUUGGAUCAAGUUUGAGGAAGAUGUUGAAGAGGAGACGGACCGCUGGGGGAAGCCUCACGUCGCUUCGCUGUCUUUCCGCAGUUUGCUGGAACUCAGAAGGACCAUCUCCCACGGUGCGGUGCUGCUGGACCUGGACCAGAAGACCCUGCCUGGCAUCGCCCACCAGGUGGUGGAACAGAUGAUUAUUUCUGACCAGAUCAAAGCUGAGGACCGGGCCAACGUCCUCAGAGCCCUGCUGCUCAAACACAGUCACCCGAGCGAUGAGAAGGAGCACAGUAGCCAUUUCCCCAGGAACAUCUCCGCAGCCAGCCUCGGCAGUCUGAUAGCGCAUCACCACAGUGUCAACCACACCAACCAGACAGAGCCGUCAGUGACCGACCCCCUCAUGGGCACAGUUCGCGUUACGGGGGACACAGACACGCACAUCGACAUGGAGAAGAAUGAAGUGCAGCAGAGAGAGCCGAGCAUCGGACCUGGCAUGCAUCGGUCCAAGUCCAAACAUGAACUGAAGCUGCUGGAGAAGAUUCCUGAAAAUGCCGAGGCUACAGUGGUCCUCGUGGGCAGCGUGGACUUCCUGGAGCAGCCCACCAUGGCGUUUGUGCGGCUGCAGGAAGCGGUGGAGCUGGAGUCCGUCCUGGAAGUGCCAGUGCCGGUCAGAUUUCUCUUUGUUUUGCUGGGACCCGCCACUACAAGCAUGGACUACCACCAGAUAGGACGCUCCAUCUCCACCCUCAUGUCUGAUAAGCAAUUCCACGAGGCGGCCUACCUGGCAGAUGACAGGCAGGACCUGCUGAACGCCAUCAACAGCUUCUUGGACUGUAGCAUCGUGCUGCCACCUUCAGAGGUGGGAGGUGAUGAACUGCUGCGCUCUGUCGCCCGCUUUCAGAGGGAGAUGCUGCGGAAGAGGGAGGAACUCGAGGUCAAACUAAUGGCCAAAGAGCCUAAAAGCCUUGAAGAAAAAGAGGCACUCCUCAAACCUUCGAAAAAGUCAGACGACCCCUUAGAGCGUACUGGACGGCCUUUUGGUGGGCUGAUACGAGACGUGCAGCGGCGUUACCCAAAGUAUGUCAGCGACUUCAAGGAUGCCCUGAACAGCCAGUGCAUGGCCGCAGUUAUCUUCAUCUACUUCGCUGCCCUCUCUCCGGCCAUAACGUUUGGAGGUCUGCUGGGUGAGAAGACAAACGGCCUGAUCGGUGUCUCUGAGCUGAUUGUGUCAACAUCAGUGCAGGGGGUGGUCUUCUGUCUGCUCGGGGCUCAGCCACUGCUGGUUGUGGGCUUCUCUGGACCUCUGCUGGUCUUUGAAGAAGCCUUUUACAGUUUCUGCACAUCAAACGACAUAGAGUACCUGACGGGCCGCGUCUGGAUCGGCUUUUGGCUCAUCAUCAUCGUGGUCACCAUGGUGGCCUUCGAAGGCAGCUUCCUGGUGCGCUUCGUCUCCCGCUUCACCCAGGAAAUCUUCUCCUUCCUCAUCUCCCUCAUCUUCAUCUGCGAGACCUUCAUCAAGCUUGUCAGGAUUUUCAAGGAGCACCCGCUGAAAAGCUGUUCCCUCAACGGCACCGAUGCAGACGACUUGGCGGAAAACAUCACCCUAAUGAUGAAAAACAGCAGCCAGCCGGCGACUGUGAAGGUCAGCGGGGAACCGAACACGGCGCUGCUCUCUUUGGUUCUCAUGGCGGGGACGUUUUUUAUCGCUUUCUACCUGCGCAAAUUCAAGAACAGCGCUUUCUUCCCUGGAAGGAUACGCAGGAUUAUUGGAGACUUUGGGGUACCGAUCGCCAUUCUCAUCAUGGUUCUGGUGGAUUACUCCAUAGAAGACACAUACACACAGAAACUGAGUGUCCCCAGUGGAUUUUCAGUGACUAAUUCCAAAAAGCGCGGCUGGUUCAUCAGUCCGCUUGGAUCAAAUGGGGAAUUCCCUAUCUGGAUGAUGUUUGCCUGCUGCUUGCCCGCUCUGCUGGUUUUCAUCCUUAUCUUCAUGGAGACUCAGAUCACCACGCUGAUAGUUAGUAAAAAGGAGCGCAUGCUUGUCAAAGGUUCUGGUUUCCAUCUGGACCUGCUUCUGAUCGUGGUGCUGGGCGGCACCUCAGCUCUGUUCGGCCUGCCGUGGAUGGCCGCUGCGACCGUUCGCUCGGUGACCCACGUCAACGCCCUCACCGUCAUGAGUAAAGCCGUCGCUCCCGGAGACAAACCUCGCAUCCAGGAGGUGAAGGAGCAGCGGGUCACCGGGCUUCUGGUUGCAAUCUUAGUUGGCCUGUCGAUCGUGAUCAGCGACCUGCUGUGUCAGAUCCCCCUCGCCGUGCUCUUCGGGAUCUUCCUCUACAUGGGAGUGAUGUCGCUCAACGGUAUCCAGCUAACGGAGCGGAUGAUGCUUUUGCUCAUGCCACCAAAGUAUCACCCUGACCACACCUAUGUACGCAAGGUCCGCACGCUGCGCAUGCAUCUCUUCACCUGCAUCCAGCUGGUGUGUUUGGCGGUGCUGUGGGCCAUUAUGUCGACGGCGGCGUCUCUGGCUUUCCCCUUUGUCCUCAUCCUCACCGUCCCCAUCAAGAUGUUUGUGCUGCGACGGGUCUUCACUGUCAAAGAGAUGGCAUGCCUGGAUGCUGACGACGCAGAGCCAAAGUUUGACGAGCGCGAGUGUCACGACGAGUACUCGGAGAUGCAAAUGCCGGUGUGAUCCACAGCGAGCCCUCGCAUCGUCAAAUCGCACCGAAAAUCUGUCAGUUAUCACCAGUUAGAGUUCUGGGACGGCGUCCUUCAAGCGAUGUCCCUCUUCAUCAUCAUCAUCAAGACAUUGAAAUGCAGUAUGUCAAAGGUUGCUUUGGCUUUUAACUUUUCACUAUUUAAGAAGCUUUUCUGCUGCUUUAAUAACAGUUUGUGUCUCAAAUAAUGGAAAAGCAGCUGGAAACUCUUCGCUUAGUUUAUUUGUUUUUAUUUUAAACAUUUCAGGGGACAAGAGAUACCGAAUCAAAUGACUUUAUCUCGAGCUCGAGUUAAACAUGUUAACAGUAGAUAGACGUAUACGAUUGAUUUUUAGCCCUGAAAGUUGCUCUGAUUCACAUUGAAUAUGUGGAAGAUAUACGGGAUACAUUCCUUUAUGCUUUAUGAGUUAUUGCUAUUCACACUCUUUUCUUCACAUUUUAAGAUCACCAAGCGCCUUACGAAGGAAAUAUAAAGGUAUUAAGAUUUUUUUUCUUUAUUUUGUCUUAUUUUAGACAGCUGAUCACUUUACACGAAAGCUUGUAGCACUUUUAACAUAACAAAAUCUGAACAAUGACUGUAUUUUAUGUAAUCAGUGUUGCUUUAGUUUGCUUCUUAAAUGAUCUGUGAGUGAUUUUUAGCCUACUUUAACUAUUUGUUGUUUUUGUGCAGAAAAUGCAGCAUUUUAAAUGUUUAUAUUUCACCUGUGGUGAGUGAAGAUCACCAGCAGGGGGAGAUCUUGUGGGACUGUUAUGACGUUCCAUAAGAAAAAAGAAAACUGUUCAAAAAAUGCAAUUUCUCUCUAAACUAAUGACAUCAUAUCACAUUUCUCAUCGUGCAAACACUUUUUUUAAAACGGAAAAUGACACUGUGGCUUAUUAAGUGUACUUUAAAAUGUGUCCAACACAUACACAUAUAUAUAUAU